UCAGGGUAACGGCAUGCACAUCGGACUAUGGCACCGCGAUGUCCCAGUUUCACACGAUACUUCAUCGCACUGACAGGAAUCUUGGCCAUCACCUACCAGUCCUCAUAUGCCGAUGACGUCAUUCAUGAUGACGUAGUGGUAGAUAACGAACUUAAGAAUUAUGUGGACCAAGUGCUUAGUGUGGACGAGUUUCCAAUAGUGCCAGGGAUCAGAGUCCAAAAACUAGCUAAUGGCAAUGACACGGUGGAGGUGCAAUAUGAUGGGAGUAAAGUUGAGGGCAGGGGAAGUGAGAGUGUUGAGGAAUAUGUGGAUGAGAAGUUGGAUGACUACGCCAAGUCGCAUUCAGUGGUGGUGGACUUCAAGGAGACGGGGAGGGUGUUCUUUCCCUCAGGAUUUGGUAUGGGGUUCCUGGCCUUCGCGUUGAAGAAGCUCCUGUUACCAGUCUUCAUCGGGGCGCAGCUAGUCAAGAGCAUUCUAAUCGCCAUGUUCCUGCCUUCCAUCCUGGGCGGAUUGGGAAAGAUUGUAGGAAAAGGUCUUUCCACAUUCUCUGGACUAUCUGGUGCAUCGACUGGAAUAAACCAUGCUACUCCAGAGCCUAUGGAGGAUUUUGAGUUCAAGGAUACUGAUCCUUAUACAAACGAGCCAGGGUUAGGGAACGACUUCCAUGAUGUUGAGGCUACGAAUCAGCUUGCUGCUUUGGACUCCAGUACUGCUACACCGUCAAAUAGCAGGCUUGGUUUCGCUCACCAACGUGUCUCUUACGUCCCAAAUCAGCUGAAUGACAACUAUUACUUACGGCGACCGAACAAGAAGACCGAUUAUAAGGUAUUCCACAAGAUUCCAUCAUCCUCAAUGCUGCUUACCAGCUACGAUCCCUUCUAUUCCCCACUGCUGUCCAGACUUGAUGCCGUCUUUCAGCAGUUAGGCCUAGGAGAUGAAAAGUCAAAGGAGGUUGAAAGAUGCAGAGAAAGACUGGUGUGUCUGAUGUAUGCCAAUCCAGCCAAGUACGCGCCUUAUAGUAACCUCGUUUCAGCUCAACUCAGCAGGGAACUAAACGAGCUGAGAAAACCUUCAUCUGACAACCCGGAUAUUCUGCGAUUCUUCCGAUACAUGAAAGCUGCCAAAGAUGGACAAGACGGUGGACAAUGCUCGGCAUAUGGUGGAUGUCCAUCGAUGUCUGAGAACAAACCCAGUCCUGCAAUGCUCACCACCUUCAAUGAUAUCAACAAGCUAGUCUUAGCUAGAAAGUUUAAAUAAGUCACUCAUUUAUGAAUCUUGGGAUAUAGAAUCGGGGAAUUAGAUAUGUCUUUAAGGUAGCGAUGGACAAAAACACUGAAACUUCCGUACAAUGAUCCGUUUUCUUCUGAUGUGGAAUGCUAUUAGCUAUCUUGGUUCUGAUUGGAAUCAGGUAGGUGAAUUCUUGAUCAGAGUAAAAUAGAUUUCUCCCUAGGGAAUGAUCCCAAAUUCUGAUACCUCUCGUAACGUUGUGUUCGUAGGUUCUUCAUAACGUUAGACGAUUCAUCAUAAAGGCAACUUUGUCUUUAGAGAUAAAACUAUGCACCUGGACAAGACUACUGCACUUUUUCUCCCGAGAAUUCACUUCAUUCUAAAUAAGUUGAAGGGGUCAAGUGUUUUUGUUUUUUUUUGACUAUUCAAUAUACUUUGAUACAUUCGUACAUAACUAUACCUUCAGACAGAAAAAUUAGAAUACAGAAACAUAAAUGAAACGCCACGAUUGCGAUAAGACAGUUCUUUAUAUUAUCAAAGUUUAUUCUGAUUUAUCGUUUGAGUGUUAGCGGUGUUUCGUUCCGAUGUCAACAUAGAUGUAGUCAUCAUGCAGUUUUCGAUGCGCCCAUCCCUACCAUGAAGUGCUAAUAGCUUGUAAACGACCAGAAAGGGACGCUCCUGGUUUUACACAGGUCUACAUACGCGUAGACUAACUUCUGUUGAUUCUUAUCUACAUUGGCCAUGUUCACUCCGUGACUAGCUAGCCAUAGCACCGUCUCUAACUGUGAUAAUUUGUCUAAAACUUACUACCAUGGACAUAUUGUUUCUAUGAUCGUGACUCCUAUAGUUUGCGCUUUGAACAUAACCUCAAAUCUCUUGGGUCUAUAUUGUUGGUAAUAAUCACGAUUUAUGACAAAUCUUGCCCAAAAAAAUGCAUGCGUCACAUAGGUAAAGGUAAAUAGAAAUAAUUCGAAGUAUUGUCGUCCGGUUGAAGAAGAUCACGUUUGUUAUAGAAACCCGACCAAAUUGAAGAACACAGGCAAACCAAUUUCAGGAAAACACUGAACUGCUUGCUACAGGAUAGUGCUUCUAUACCUAAAAUCAACCAAUUAAAGCGUAGGCGAUGGUCAUGACGCGAAAACGAUAACUUCCACUGUACUUGGAAGCUUUUGCAACAGCAGUUCAUUAAUUCAUCUUUUUAAAUUAUCCCACACUGUCAUGCUUGUUAUUAUUGAUUUGUUUAUCGUAUGUAUUUCCUCAUCUAACUACAUACAAAGAGAGAUAUUCAAGACCUCGAUGGAAAACCCAAGCUUCGUUUGAUUUUGAAAAUAAACAUUGUCGAGCAAAUAAUCUUUCCAUCAAAUGCAACAUCUUAACACUUUUAUAUAUUACCUAUUACCUAUAUUUCUUUUACAUUCUCACCAAAAUUCCAAUAGCAGGCAAGCAAGUUCUCGUUCAAGUUUUCCAGAGCUAACAAUACUCAGCUCAGCUUUAGUCCCUGCAUAUUUGAAAUUUACAGUGAUAAGAUCAUGAUGUAAUGCUUCUACUGUCUUCAAUUUUUUGCUUGAAGGUAUAGUUAUAUAGUUUCUCUCAAUUUCCUUGUUUUCACGCUGGUAAAUAGUAAUUUAAAUUAAAAUAACCAAAAACUAUUAUAUUGCCCUUAAAGAUCACAUUUGAUAUUCUUAUAAGUAAAUUAUAAAUUAGGUUUAAGCUACCAGCAACAACUUUUUCGCCGAAAAUAAGAGAGCACCAGCCCAUUUAAACUGCUAUGGUUUCACCGUGGUCACUAGCGCUGCUGUAUGCGCUUAGUCCUAGUAUAACGCACAGAACAUCAUAGUGUUAUGAUUAGCUCGUCAUGGGUUCAACAUGGCCCUUGUCACGUCCUAGCCACAAACGUAGAGAACUACGCCUUUCGUAUACGCUGUUCACUUAUAACGAGGUUGACUUCCACUGUUCUUUUAAAGUUCAGAUUUUACUAUAAACAUACUUCGUUUCAUUAUUACGAGAACUGCAUAUACGUAAGGAUCUAAAGUAAUAACCUACACACCCCUAGUCUAGAUUUUAGAAAGUUGUACAGAUUAUUUAUUUAUUUUUAUUUAUUUAUUCAUUUGUAGCACAUGAUUGCGAGCGUUGAAAAAAAUGGUCGCCACCAUGUAAACUUAAAUCCAUUGACGAUUAAAUGCCGUUCGAAA